AUGGCAACUUAUAAAGAAAAAUGGGGCUUCCCCAUGUGUGCGGGAGCCAUAGAUGGAACUCAUGUCCCGAUAAAGGUCCCCUCACAAAACCACACGGACUACGUAAAUCGAAAGUCUUAUCACAGUAUUAUCAUGCAGGCUUUAGUGGACUCACGGGACAUUGUAGUUGGCUGGUCCGGAAGCGUGCAUGACGCACAUGUGUUGUCGAAUUCCGAAACAUAUAAACUGGGGAAUGAUGGUGCCCUCUUUCCUGAUUUCAAAGAGACCAUACUAGGCCAGGAUAUCUAUCCAUGUAUACUUGGCGAUCCAGCAUAUUCUUUGUUACCUUGGUUGCUGAAGCCAUUUCUGGAAAAUCAGAACACCCCAAGAAAGCAUCGACGUCUCAAUUGCCGCCUCAGUCGUCCCAGAAUGACCGUUGAAGACACAUUCGGACGUUGGAAAGGUCGUUUUCCUAGAUUUUCAAAGCGCAUUGACAUGAAGGUUGAGGAUGUUAUUCAUCUAGUGGCCGCCUCAUGUAUAUUACAUAAUAAAUUUGAGCUGAGAAGAGAUCCACUGCUCAACGAAUGGUUUGAACAAGCUCAAGACAGGUCCUACCCUCAGCCAGAAGAUGGAAAUGUGCCAUUCAGAAUGAAUGCCCGAGAGAGGGCUGAUGCAUCAGAUACCCGCAACAUAUUGGCCAACUUUUUUAUGACAGAGGAAGGAAGACAAAUCGGUUCAGGAGCUGAUAGCAAUUGA